GGUAUCGAUCCGCUCUGGCCCGCCCCAGGGAGCAUCGGAUCCACAGCACCACCACUUUGAGCUGAUCGCUCUUUCUCCCUGCAGCUUCGUCGAGCUCUCGAUCGCUUCUCCAUCAAUGUCCCAAGAAGCACUCGCUCCGGCGAGCGUCCCGCCAAAGGGCCCGACCAUCAACGACAAAGUUCCGGACGGCCAGGUCAAUCUGCGCUUCCUUCUCGUCAACGGCAACAAAACCGAUCUGCUCGUCCUGCCCACCGACACCUUUGAGGUCGUCCGCAAGCGGAUAUUCGAGCAGUGGCCAACAGACUGGAGCGACGGCCGACCGCUCGCACCCGAGAACCUGAAGAUCCUAUACCACGGCGCCUUUGUCCAGCCAACGAGCCCGGUCUCAUCGAUCAAUCCCCCACAAGGCCAGACAACAACGGUUCACCUGCUCGUCCGGAACGAAGCCCCGGCGGCCGAGAACAAGGAGGCACCCGCCGCAACCGGAGGCGACGGCGCUGUGCGAGAGCAGCGGAGCAGCGGGUGCAAGUGUAUCAUCUUGUAGCCCUCCAACACCGCCAAUCAUCAACUUGCUUCAACGACUCCCGCCUUUCUCGACCUUGCCGCAGAGCCAUCACGUUGCUGGACACCCAUCUCCCUCGAAAGCACUCUCCGCUCCUCGGUCUAAAGCAAAGAGCCGUCGACGGGCUUCGUAUUUGCAAUCGACACGACUGAGCAGGUUCAUUCGGAUGGAGAUGCCCAGACUCCCUCCAUAGCUGACCCAUCCGACGAAUCGACCCUCGACCCGCGCAGCUCCAAGCGACCGAGACCUCAAUAAGUCCCUGCAACGAUGACGGCAGAUAGACCGCUGCGGACCCAAUACAUCUCUUAUGCGAUACCAU